GGACCCCUCUCACUGCUCCCUCCGUCCCCCCACACCCGAGUGUUGAUUUUAUUUGGGGUGCUGGAUUCUCGCCGGUUUCCCCCCAUGUCCCUAAACAGAGCCAAGGCCUGGCUGACAAGACUCCGCUGGUGGGGGCGCGAGGCAGGAAAAGAGGGCGGGCUGACGGAGGCCCCCCGGAAAUCGCAGUGGUGGGGUGCCCGGCGCCUCCUGGCUCUGAUCGGAUGGGGCCGCGCCGGGGAUCCGGGCCCUGCCCCGGGACAGGGCCUCUUCUCUAGGGUCUCCCAGGUCCCUCAGUAUCUGUCCCCCCACCAGCCGCCGGCCGACAUCCCGGAGCAUUUCCAGAUCUGUUUCAACUUCGCCCGGCACCUCUUCGACCUCUGCGUGGUGACUCUGCUCUGUGCCUGCUCCCCGGCUUUCCGGCUGCUCCUGGAUAUUUUGGGGUUCAGGGGGCCCCUGAAAGUCUGGCUCCACGGGCUGGCCACCUUCCUUGUCACCACCUACGGGAUGUACCUGGCCCUGUGGCUGGUCCAGAAAUACCUGCUGCAGUUCGCCUGCCUCUACGGCUUCCUGCAGACGCUGGUGCUGUGCGUGAGCAUCCGGGCCGCCGAGGAGGAGGAGGAGGAGAGCGGGGGCGGCCCGGGGGGACUGGACCCCGGCGGUGGGGCAGAGGCAGAGAGGACGGAGUGACAGCCCCACCCGUCCGCCUCGCACCUCAGCAAUAAAUCACAGAGUCACCAGCGUCUGGGUGUGCGUGCGAGGACCGAGCUCCGCCCACUUUCCACGUGGAGACACGAGACUCUGGCACUAUGGGGGCGAGGGCACCAGGACUUAGCCCCACCCCCCUUGGGUACAGAGACAUGAGACUCCGCCCCCAGGCACUUGUGAGAGGGGGCGGGGGACUGGUUGGCUCAGGAGUUUGGGGGAUGUGUGUGUGUGGGGGGGUCAGAACCACUACAGGGAAGGAACCAAUCAGAACCGCUGGGAUCCAGCCAAGCUGCAAGUGGAUCUGCGGGGGGAGGGGAAAGCGGAUUGGAACUGCUCCGGGUCCGGGAGGGCAAAGGGAUUUGGGACCACAGGGAAGGGAGAAAUGGGGGGUGGGCAGGGUCCGGGGGGUCAGAACCAA